GUCCGAGCCGGCAAAGAAGGCGAGGAUGUGCUUGAUGAAGAAGCGAUCGUUGUCGGUCCUCCCAACGGCAGACCGACACCCGGCUUUUAAACCCCAUCCCGACCAGAACGACCAUGUCCUCCCACGCCGACCACGAUGAGCCUGCGCAGUUUUCACCCCCCCAGAGUCCAAACUCCACUCCUCGAUCCCGACCGGAGACGGAGGUUAGCGACGAUGUUGACCCCGACCCUGUCCUCGAGACGGGGUCCGUCGUCCGCAGCAGCAACAACGAUCCCCGCCUCGAGAUGGAGGUCACCCGAUUCCGCCGGGAGAUCGAGGAGUAUGCCAGCCUGACCGGGCAGGUGGUGGAUGUGCGCGGCCAGGUCAAGAUCCUGCAGGCACGCAUCAAGGAGCUGGAACCGGGUAUCCAAAAGUUCAUGCGAGAUAACGGCGUGGAUGCGAUCGACUUGCCCAAUGGCAGCAUCAAGCUCCAGUCGAGCACCCGCAUGGCACCGGUCAAGAAGGAGAAUAUCAUUGACCACCUGUGCCGCACCAUGCCCAAGGACACUGUCGAAGCCCUCGUCGAGAGCCUCUGGGCAUCGCGCGAGAGCACCACACUCGAGAAGAUCAAGCUGACCAAGGCCAAGAAGCAAAAGACGCAGUGAGAGGA